UAGUGAGAGAAGCUGUGACACGUUCAUACAAUACACUUGCCAAACGUGAUUCAAUAUCUUCGCGGCGACUCUCUCUCUCCCUCUCUCUCUGUGAGAAAAACCCUACGCUUUGAUCCAUUGUGUUCGAAGAAAUCUCAUCUGAGUGCUCGCUAUUCGGCGAUCAACAUAAUAAUGAUGUUAGGUGUUAUAAGGCGAAGAGUCGCUUCCGGCGGCUCGUCUGCUUCGGUUUUUGGGCAGACAUUUCAGGCGAGCCGGCCUGUGGUGUCUACUUCUAGAGUUUCCUCCAUUGCAGAGAAAGAGGUUUUGCUUCAACCGAGAGGCUUUGGGCAAGUGCGGAAUUUUGGUCACCUUGUUGUACCUGGUUGCUCAGGUAGUUUACGGCCAAUGAGGGAGGUUGUUGCCAGUAUUCAGUGGGAAGCUACAAUGCAAAUGCUGAGCAGGCCAUUUUCUUCAGACAAUGGGGAUUUGGUUGAUGCUGUUGUCCCUUUUAUGGGUGAAUCCAUUACUGAUGGCACACUGGCGAGUUUCUUGAAGAAUCCUGGUGACAGGGUAGAAGUUGAUGAACCGAUUGCUCAAAUUGAAACAGAUAAGGUGACAAUUGACGUUACUAGUCCUGAAGCGGGUGUGAUUCAAAAGUUUGUAGCCAAGGAAGGUGAUACUGUAGAACCAGGUACCAAGAUUGCCAUCAUUUCAAAGUCUGCUGAAGGAAUGGCGCCUGUUGCUCCAUCUGAGAAGGCAUCAGAGAAAGCUGUUUUGCAGCCAUCUCCCCCUUCUGAAAAGAGUGAGGAAAAGCAGAAGCCUAAAGUUGAAACUGCUCCUGUCACUGCGAAGCCUAAAGCACCCUCUACACCACCUCCUAAACACUCAGCUACAGAACCUCAGCUUCCCCCUAAAGAAAGGGAAAGGCGGGUUCCUAUGACAAGACUCCGAAAACGGGUUGCUAAUCGAUUGAAAGAUUCCCAAAACACAUUUGCACUGUUGACAACAUUCAAUGAGGUUGAUAUGACAAAUCUGAUGAAGCUCCGUUCUGAUUACAAGGAUGCUUUUGUUGAAAAGCAUGGGGUGAAGUUAGGACUUAUGUCAGGAUUUGUGAAAGCUGCUGUCAGUGGGCUCCAAAAGCAGCCUAUUAUUAAUGCGGUCAUUGAUGGGGAUGAUAUUAUCUAUAGAGACUAUGUAGAUAUCAGUAUUGCUGUUGGUACCCCAAAGGGCCUUGUUGUCCCAGUCAUCCGCAAUGCUGAGAAGAUGAAUUUUGCUGAGAUUGAGAAGGAGAUCAACACACUAGCAAAGAAGGCAAAUGAUGGAUCUAUAUCUAUUGAUGAAAUGGCUGGAGGUUCAUUUACAAUAUCUAAUGGUGGGGUUUAUGGAAGCCUUUUAAGUACCCCCAUCAUCAAUCCCCCUCAGUCGGCAAUAUUGGGUAUGCACUCGAUAGUGAGCCGUCCUAUGGUUGUUGGAGGAAACGUUGUUCCAAGGCCAAUGAUGUACAUUGCUCUAACAUAUGACCAUAGGUUGAUUGACGGGAGAGAGGCAGUUUUCUUCUUGCGUCGUAUCAAAGAUGUUGUGGAGGACCCUCGUAGACUUCUCCUUGACAUAUGAAGACCCAACUGCAGGUGCUUUGUGAUUCUUGGUUUUCUGGUAUACCUAGAAUUGGAUAUACUUGAAUUUAUUGAUAAAAAAUAAACAUAUUUAGAUCUAAAUUUUGUAGGGUUUAAUUUUGUUAUUGCGGCUGGAUAUGAUGGAAUUUGAAAUGAGAGACUUUCAAAAUGUUGUAUUUUGUUUUAUGCUGAACCCGCCAAGUUCUCAUCAAAAAAGCUUGUAUGGAACUAAUGUGAAUCGUAUUGUAGGGAAUCAUCCCUAAAAUGAUUUACUGAGACUCUUUAUAUUUUUUUAAUUUACAUGGUCUGGUUCUGAGAAA